CAGAGGUAUUCAGUCACGUGUGCAGUCUUAAAGUGAAAUCUUGCUGAUCAGCAGCGACAUCUACUUGCGGUCAUGACUCUUGAAGCUUGUGUCCCAGUGUGUGUACUACUUCUUCUGAUGGUCAGAGGGAGUCAUCAAGGCCGGUACGAGCGAGAGAUUCUGGACUACUUGUUCAACAGCAACUACAGCAAGCUGGAGCGGCCUGUCCGGCACGAGACGGACCCGGUGGACGUGAAGUUUGGAAUUACUCUUCAACAGCUCAUCGAUGUGGAUGAGAAGAACCAGUUAGUGAAUACUAACCUAUGGUUGCAGAUGACGUGGCAAGCGUAUAACCUGGUCUGGAACCCUGCAGACUUUGGCAAUGUCACCACCAUACGUGUUCCUAAGAGCAUGUUGUGGGUCCCGGACAUUCUCAUGUACAACAGUGCCAGCGAAAGCUUCGAUGCGACCUUCCCUACCAACGUGGUGGUGUCCAGUGACGGCAGUUGCCUGUGGGUGCCACCCGGCAUGUUCAAGAGCACGUGCGCCAUCGACAUCACGUGGUUUCCCUUUGACGACCAGAAGUGUAACCUCAAGUUCGGGUCAUGGUCACACGAUGGUCAGUUCCUCAACCUGACAGAAGAUGACCCCAAAGGAGGUGACAUCAGCAGCUUUAUACGCAACGGAGAAUGGGAGCUGAUUGGAGUUCCAGUCAAGCGGAAUGUGUUGAAGUACGAUUGUUGCCCAGAGGUCUACAUCGAUGUCACCUUUACCAUCCACAUUCGUCGCCGCACACUCUACUACGGCUUCAACAUUAUUUUGCCCUGUGUUCUCAUCUCCUCCUUGUCCCUCCUUCUCUUCGUUCUUCCACCUGACGCAGGCGAGAAAAUAUCACUCGGCACUACGAUCUUGUUGUCGCUGAUGGUGUUCCUGCUGCUGGUGGCGGAGACGAUGCCGCCAACAUCUGACGCCGUGCCGCUGAUAGGGAUCUACUUUGCGUGCAUCAUGAUCAUGUGCUCGCUGUCCGUGCUUUUUACUGUCCUGGUGCUCAACCUCCACCACCGGUCACCAGAGACGCACCGCAUGCACCCGUGGGUGAAGCGCUGGCUGUGUGGGUGGAUGGCCUGGGUGUUGCGCAUGGAGCGGCCGGGUGGAGGGGUCAGCCGACGGGUGGCCAUGCAGAGGGCACGCUUGACCGACUCGCGACUGGAGAGUCUUGACGAGAAAUCGCGGUCCCUGAUGGCCAACGUCCUGGACAUCGACGACGACAUCCGCAUGGUCAACGGCAGCUCCACCGUCACGAUGACCCGGGUGGACGAGGGACUUCCGGUGGGUAGCGUCAGCGUGCGCCACGACAUCGUGUGCAUCCUGAAGGAGCUGCGCAAGAUCACAGCCAAGUUCCGGCGCGACGAGGAAGAAAACGACGAAAAGACAGAAUGGAAAUUCGCCGCCAUGGUCAUCGACAGAGCCUGCUUCGUCGUCUGCAUCCUCUUCACCUUCGGCUCCACCAUCACCAUCAUGUUGUCAGCUCCGCACUUGAUAGCCUGACCCGCGCGCCACCUGUUGGGCGGCUAAAGGUGCUGCGCUGCAAAGGGCCGCAAUGAAGGAUUCGGGAUAAAGAUCCACCCGUGUGUUGGCGUCCGUGAAAAUCCAACGAAUUGGAACUGAGAUCCGAACGGUUUCUUUUGUCGCCAUGGUCUGUAUGCUUUCAGACAAACUGAAGCAGGAUUGAAACAAGAGAAGAAAGAAAACGAGAGAAAUAAGACAACGAGACAAAGUGAGAGAAAUAAGACAUCUUGAAACAACCUUUUCUCCCCGAAGAGCUCUCCAUGUGAGUGACAAGAAAAGUCAGCGCGGGUGCUAAUCUGUUUUCAUCCGCCUGGGCAGGUUCUUCUGAUACUACGAAACCCCCAAAUCCCUGUCCCUCCUCCCCAUCCCACCUACCCACAAAAAAAUAGACACAAAGGUUAAACUAGUCUGUUAGCUCCUCUUGGCACCGAGCGUUGCCUGGCCCCUCCAAGUGUGCCAUGGUACCCGUCAGCAUUACAUGUGUUUGUUCAGGGUGUACACCGCCAGAACAUUUUUUUCCCUCGGCAGAAAGCAUCUCGCGAUAAGCCGGGAGAUUACCUGCUGUAUACCUGUGUGGAUCCUCACGUGCUAUCCACCAGAUGCGGUUCUGUGAAGUGUCUACCUGGGGUGUGCGCUGGUCACGUGACGACUAGCUGCUUUGCUAGAGCAACCAAGCGGCUAAACUGUAUCGGCUAACAGAUUUGUGAGGGUUUUGUUUUUCACGUGGAAGUUUUUACAUGUGAAGAAUUUUCUAUCAGGAUCUGUCUUCUCAAAACAGAAAUAUCAGCAAUGAAAUAUAUUUUCGUGUACAGUAAUGGAGGUUACAUGCUGCACUGUAAAGUUGCAAUAGACACUAGUUAAUACGACCCCCGAGAAAACUUUUUCUCGUCCAGGUUCCCCUCCCGUCUCGAGUUCUGAUCAGUUAGUAUUUUUUUUCCCGUAGUGUUGAAAACUUGAGACUCGUGCUCUCACACUCGACCUCUCCCAUUGGCUGUAGCUUUGAUGACGUAACGGUCUUCAUCAGCUCAAAGUAUCGGACAAUCAUUCUUGUUGUCAACCUAGGUGUGUACAUAACUACAAGUUUGGAGUCCUGUGAGUUCAUUCGUAGACAUUGUUUAUACUUACAUUUAAUUUAUAUAUACUUACACACACCUCGUGACUUUUAUUUGUCGCUUGUAUCUGCUUUCUUAUUGAACUUUCAAGAAAAAUAAAAGACUAUUGUCAAUGACGAUUAUAUUUGAACAAUUAACUUUUGUUGAAAAUAGAUGAAUAAUCCCUGGACUUUCUACUAACGAGUAAGCAAUGUGUGUGUGUGAAGAGAGGAGAAAAAGAGAAAUGAAAACUGCUGAAGUUAGAAAAAAUUGAGGUCAUAGUGCCUGCCAAAUAUAGAAAAUUUGAAAUGUAUCUAGAAUAUGUGAUAACAUGUAACCUCUUAUCGUUCCGCACAUAAAUGUUGUUCUGUGAUGGCCAUAACAUUACGAAGAUUAAUAUUUUGCUGAUGUAAAUGUUUAUACCAUGGAUGACCUGUGUUGAAGACAGUGACAAAGGAAAGAUGGAACUAUAGGUUAGGAGGAAAGAUGGAACUGUAGGUUAGGACAUGAAACCGACUGCAAAUAAUUUUACAAACAAUUCGCCGUGUUCGAGAAAAAAAAGUUUGACCCUGUGUGAUGUUCAGUGUAACAGGAUGAUAAUGCUACUCAUUAUUUGUCACAAACUUGCCAGAGUGGUGGCUUGGAUGUUCGUGCAAAUUUUGUAUUGAACUUUGACCCCAAUUGGUAUAAACUAGAGCACGUGCCUGUUUCUUCUACACGGGUGGACUUCGUGUUCUUCGUGGGGUGGCAACACGCGGUACAGCCAGGAACAGAAAAGCGAUCGUAAACAGUUUGUUUACAUUCAUAAGAAGUGCCUCCAACUGGUUAGCAUUUCACACACUGCGGGGAAAAGGGUGAAAGCAAAAAUGCAGGAGGAGAAACAGAAGACCAGGAGACAGUGUGCUCGUGGAGGGAAUUCGGACCUAAGACAAACUGAUGCUGUCAUAGCAACACUUAUGCUUUACCACCGAGCGAGAGGACAACCCAAGUCACAUUUGUCGACGCACAUUUCUAGACACUUACCUUCCUUUGCUAUUACCUACAGUCCCCCUCCCUCUCCCGACCACUUAUUACACUGACGUAAAAUUAUCGCAGUGAACUACAUAAUUAAAUUUUGCAAAAUAAUAUUAACGGCUGUUUGAGUCUCACAGGCUGCGAUGCAUGCUCCCCCCUUGCGAAUAUAACGAGAAAAUAUUUUUGUUUACGUAACCUGACUUUGUUUAUUUUAAACUGUGGUAUAGUUUUGUCCCUUUAAGUUUACUUAAGAUUUCUCAUCGACAUUAAAAUUGUUUCUACCGCUUCUGGAUUAUUUUUUAUAUUGAGGCAUUUGUUUUAAUCUCACAAACUUCAUGGUCGCCUUCGUUGUAAUGGAGUUACUACUGCAUCACGUGGUAUUAAAAGUUUUCUUUUUAAGUUUUAAGGAAACAAGAAUAUGAAGGUGUUUUUGUGUUAGAAAAUGGCAAUCGGCUAGCCCCAGACAUAACCACUGCUGACAGAAAGACAGUUUCAGAAUCCAUUUAUGUUUGUGUUUUCCUCAGCUUGUAAACAUUUCACAUUUUAUAUCAGUCGGCUUGGGAUUUCUGGGAAUAGAUCACCGCCGCAUCCAUU